AUGUUGACAAUAAGUCAAAUUCUUAUAGCAUUGGCUGUAUUUCUUCUAAUUAUGCAGUUUUUUAAGUUGCAACGAGUACGGAGACAGCUUCCUCCUGGACCGAUCCCUCUCCCAGUUUUUGGGACCUUGAUACAGAUGAACUUUCAGUUUAAUCGUGAUCUCCUUAUGAAGCUGGCAAAAAUUCAUGGCAACAUAUUCACCUUAUGGUUUGGAUGGGCCCCAGUGAUUGUACUGAAUGGAUUUCAAGCAGUUAAGGAUGGUAUGACCAUGCACCCUGAAGACGUUUCUGGGAGGCUAGUGUCUCCUUUCUUCAGAGCAAUGGCCAAAGGAAAAGGGAUUAUGUUGGCAACUGGUCACACCUGGAAGAUGCAGAGGAGGUUUGCACUGAGGACUCUACGCAACCUUGGUCUGGGGAAAAGAGGUCUGGAGCAUCGAGUUCAAGAAGAGGCCCGCUACCUGGUAGACUUCUUUGCAAGUAUGAAAGGGAAACCCCUGGAUCCUUCCUUCUCUCUCAUUCAUUCUGUCUCAAAUGUAAUUUGUGCUGUUGUUUUUGGACAUCGCUUCUCCAGAGAGGAUGAAACCUUCCAUGAACUGCUUAGAGCCACAGAGCAUCUAUUCAAAUUUGCAGGCAGCUUUAUUCAUCAUCUGUAUGAAAUCUUCCCCUGGCUGAUGUGCCGUCUCCCUGGUCCUCAUAAGAAGGCGUUGUCUUGCUAUGAUGCCCUGAGCUCUUUUACGAGAAGAGAGAUCAGAAUGCACAUGGAGCGUGGGAUACCAGACGAACUGCAGGAUUUCAUUGACUUUUACUUGGCUCAUAUUGAAAAAUCCAGAGAUGAACCCAGGUCUACAUACAAUGAAGACAACAUGGUUUAUUCCAUAAAUGACCUUUUCUUGGGUGGAUCCGAGACAACAAGCACUACUUUGAACUGGGGCCUGCUCUAUAUGGUGGCAAAUCCAGACAUCCAAGAGAAAGUGCAGAAGGAGCUGGAUGCCGUUCUGGGUCCUUCCCAGUUAAUCUGCUACGAGGAUCGGAGAGAACUGCCGUACACAAAUGCUGUGGUUCAUGAGGUUCAGCGCUUCAGCAACAUUGUCUCAGUUGGCAUGCCCAGAGUGUGUGUGAGGAACACUACAUUGCUUGGCUUUCCCCUCAGAAAGGGCACCAUAGUUCUUCCAAAUAUUGCUUCGUCUUUGUAUGACCCAGAGCAGUGGGAAACACCUCGACAGUUCAACCCUGGACACUUCUUGGAUAAGGAUGGAAACUUUGUGAGCCAAGAAGCCUUUUUACCAUUCUCUAUAGGGCACCGUGUGUGUUUGGGGGAGCAUCUAGCGAGGACCGAGCUCUUUAUUUUCUUUGCCAACCUGCUGCGGGCAUUCACCUUCCAGCUCCCUGAGGGGGUGACGAAGAUCAACACAGAGCCCAUUCUAGGGGGUACGCUGCAGCCCCACCCGUACAGAGUUUGUGCCAUUCCACGCUAGGGUGGAUGUGGGCAGUAUGUCACAGACCAUCUAUUAAGCAAUAUUAUUUACUUUUGUGAAUGUAUGUCUUGAGACUGUAUAACAUUUUUUGUCUUGGAUAUGAUUUUCUGCUCCAAAAGCCACUUUUUGUCUACAGCAGGUAAUUCUCUUCAGGCCAUGUUACCUGCUUUUGAAGGUCAUCUUUUUUUUUUUUGGUAAAAGUUCUUUUGAUCUGGAACACACUGUCGCCCUCAGCCAUAAAGGCAUGAUGCAGUUGCUAUCUGGCCUGACAUAUUUAAAUCUGGUAUGCUGAUGAGCAAAUGACAAAAUUGACUGGAAGACUUCAAAAAUUAAUUCAUUAUCUCUGAGUUAUCCUGUUUUCAAAAGCAAUGGGGUUCGGAAAAACAUACCUGGAAAAUUCUUCCUCUUUAUAUUACUAUCAUUGUUAAUAACAUUUCAGUCAACUUUUGUUGAUGGUCACUAAUAAAAGAU